AUGAGUGAUGGUUUUAAGUGGAAUACGUGGUUAACUACAAAUGAAAUCGUUGAUAUUAUCAAUGAUUUAGCUUCGGAUGAUGAAGCAACAGCAGCUGACAUUUAUAUCGACCCUCCGGGUGAUGGACUUGUGUCAGAUUCGGACUCGGGGGACGAAAGAAACGUAAGUUUUGAAAAUUUAUCACGUCGUCAACUUUUGGCACCUGCUGAACUGACACUACAUGGAAAAAACGUCAGUGACGGCAGCGAGUCUGAAGAAGAAGCUUUAGGCCCAAUUACGUCACGUACUGUGACUGACUCACAGUCUUUAUCAAACCGUAGGCGGAGCCGGUCAUUGAUAGAUAAUCCUCCUUUUCCACCUCCACCGCCACCUCGAUCGCAUAAGGUAGUCCGAAAAUGGGUAAAACAACUUAUCCCAACUUCAUGA